UCAGCCGAUUGGAUGGCAUUUGGAGACGAUGAUAUUCUUUCAAUCCCAUUCAAGUAUUUCGUUAUCUGUAUCGGAGGUCUACCAUCUUCAGCACUUUUAAUAUGUGUUAUAUUAUCUCUUCUACUGCACUUUGAUCAGGCAACAUCUACACAUUGUGAAGUUGCCAACUGGUUACCAUCCAUAUCAGCUGCAGUCUCAACGUAUACACCUGAAAAGUAUAUUUGGAGAAUUCUAAUCGGAUUGCAUAUUGGACCCCGAUUGGUAGUUGCAAUUGCAUUCAGAAACUUUUUAUUGGGAUCUCCUCUACGACCUCUUACUGGACAUAAAAGGCUUCGGUUUUUGUGCAAUUUGGCUUGCUUUCUCAAUCUUCUAGAGAAUUUCUUCCUUCUGGCAUUAACAUCGAUUUCAUCAAGUGAAGAUCACUCUCUUCAUGCUAAAUGCUUCGGUGGAUUUGCUAUUUGUUCGAUUAUAUACAUGCUUUUGAGCACAUGGCUUUUCAAUGAAACUGGAAGGAGAACUGCAACAAAUUUGGGUCAACGUUCGCACGAAUAUAAAAUCCUGGGAGCUGCUAUUUUCGUUCUAUGCUUUUUCCUUGGAGCAUAUCUUUAUUGGAGGCAUAACACGUACUGCGAGCCAGGAAUUUACACGCUCUUCGCACUUGUCGAGUACUCUGCCGUUUUAUCAAACAUUUUCUUCCAUUGUACUCUAUAUUAUGACUUCCAUGGCAAAAAUAUUGUGUUAACCUCAUCGUUUGGAGGCGGACACUACAACCUUCUGCCAACUCAAAUCGAUAAGGAUACGUAACAAUUGAUGGGUCCUGAUGUGAUGACAGUUUUAUUGCAUGAUAUAAUAAUAUAUAUUUAUUUAUUCCAAUAUUUAUUGUUUCGAAAAGCUUCUAAUUUUUCGGUUUGCUUCGGGUUUUAAAAAUAUGUUUCACUUGCAUUUUCUCAUAUAAAUGGUUUUCAAA